UGCUUGUCGUGCAUAUGCCUUCUGAAGCCGAAGCGGAACAGAGCAGUGUCUUGAGGUCCAUGGAAAUUCAAUGUGCUAGCGCUACACGUCGUCCACCUUAUGGAUACUACACACAUAAUGGACGAAAGCAGGCGGUUUGAUGGAUUCGGGGGGGUAUGGGACCAGCAGCGCUUGGCAAGCGUGGCGCGCAAGCGCGGGGCGUCCUUUUCGGCUUCAUCCUCGUCUGGAUCGGGAGCCGGUUUAGUUGCGGCUAACGGUGAUAACCAUCCGAAUGCGACGACGAGCAAUGCUUCCAAAACUGGCAUCAAGGUCGGCAGCGGUGUGCUGAUGCAGCAGCUGUUUUCUGCGCAUCGCCGCGGUCCCCCGGUGCCAGAUGCGACGCGCAAGUUAACGGAAAAUAGUACGGACCCACGGCUUAUGCAGUGCAAAUUAAUAUGUCUGCGUCUGAUUGAACUUGAAGAAGUGGAGCUUGUCACGGUUGUCGGGCACUCGUGGACAGUCUGUAUCGACAAAAGUGCAGCUUGUUGAUGUGCCAUAGACAUGUAAAAACGCAAUCUGUGAAGCGCGAUUUGUGCGUGGAAAGGAAGCGCUCUAAAUUAUUAUGUAAAAACUUGUCAUGCUUGUUGGCCCAGACGUAUUCGCAAUGCAUACGGCUGCAGCGCACCCGCGCGCUGGCCGCGCGCCCCGGGUCGCCACGCUCGCUGUUCGGGCAUCGAUAUCACAUUGAAAAGUGCCCCCACCCAUCAAAAACUUGCUGGCGGCAUUGAUUUGCAUUGCAAAACUUCCUACUGGGCGCGCCAUGCUGCGUGUAUGACGAUCGCACACAGCGAAAGAUCGUUGCAAAAGGGCCCAAUAUAUAACAGUCUGCCCUUCUGUUAUGUAAAAAGUGCCUCAGCACUCGCCUAGACUCUGCAUCAAAAAAACAACUCAUCGGUAAUCAAUCGAUUUCAUCCUGUCACGCAAGUAGACGACAAAAAUUUUAUGGCAGCGGUCGGAUUAGCAAGACAAACAGUUUUGGAUUUUUUUAUUUGGAAACCUUGCGGCACAAUAACAAACUUUAACUUUUGCAAGUUCCGGGUUGGGGGCACUCUUCACUGCAGUAUGCGAUCGGCCCUAAAGCUCGCAGGCGGAGGCGGACACGCACAGACCACUUUUCGGACAGCCGCAGGUGCCUUGCUGCUGAACAAAGGUGCCGGCACUGCAUCCAGUGGCACCGGAGGUAAUGCAGUUGGCUGCGGUCCGCUUCCGGUUCCGCCCGCCGGAGGUACUAAUGCAAUGUCCGCAGCGAAUUUAAGUACAACCGAAGGUAAUGUUCGGGGUCUGGCGACUGGGAAUGGACCAGAGCAAGCAGAGUCCACCCCGGAUCCAAGUGUAGCUUGUCUACCGGGGGAUCUUCAUCCUCCGGUUCUUAUUUCAGCAGGGGCCCCUCCUGCGCCGCCGGGCGGAGGUGCUCCUGUCGCGACAACGACCACUAUCGUCUCUACCGCGGUGGAACGGAUGUUCUUUUCGAAGACGCCGGAACGAGGACGGGAUCCCCACUGCGAAAACAAGCUUUUUCUUCCGGUGCAACUGCAGCAGCUGCAGCACCAGGAAGAACAACCUAGCAGCGUGACAUUCUUCGGCGCCACCGCGGCGCCCGGAAAUACCGGGUCUCGUGCCCAGCAAACUGCACCACUACGAGAAAAUGUACGCGACGACACACAACCCACACACGCGAUGGUCUUCAAGAACAGGACUCGCCCGUUUGGCCUACCCUGAGCAAACACGGCCCCACCUCCCUUUCCUGAAAGUUUAAGUUUCUCUGUGCUUUAUUUUGGUCUAUUCCAGCACAUAAACUACACCCCGAAGUUGUCACGCAGGUUUCUUUGCAACUACAGGAAUGCGCAUCCCCAGGAGAGGCGUUUGCAAUCGUGGCUUGGCGUUUCCAUUUGUAGUGCUGUAAACAGAAUAAGAAUAUCUAAGAAUAUUGUGUGUGAUCAUGCGGCUGUCCUUCUCCUUGCUAAAGCUAACCUGCACUAGAAUACAAGGGCAAAGUUGUCGCGCGUUACUCUCAAAUCCCGUAAAUUUGUGCUGCAGGGUUCCCAUUUCGACUCGGGGGUGGAGGGGAUGUUUUUCCUGAGGACAUGGCCGCAGCCGUAUGCAUUUCGUGGAUCGACCGCAGGCGCAACGGACAACGAUCAAUCUUGCGGCAGAGAUACCACCGCACACGGCAGCCACUGUCCCGACUUCGUGCGCAUCCGAGGACAUUGGGUAAGGCUUUUAAAAAUUACGGAAAGGUAUGACAAUCACUGAAAGAUAUAGAAUUUUCUCUAACUCAUAGAGACGGCGAUCCUGCUGAGGCAUGCGCUCUUUCCACACUUCCUACCAGCUGUGUGUGCCAGAAAAGGGGGUAUAUUUAUUAGUAUCAGCAUGUGCGAUCAAACAGAAUCCACAGCCACAGGGCCAACAUACCCAUAGAAGCUCGGAGAGUUUCUUUUCCGAAAAGGUCUGUGGUUGCAACAUUGCGUGGACGUGCUGGGCACGCGGGGGAAAAUAGUACCUCGUGAGUGCGAGCGUUUUUGGAAUAGUGGCUAGCUUUGAGGAUGCAUGGAAAUUGCAAAUCGAAGUUGAUGGACCAUGAUCCUCGCCAUGGUAUGCCCUAACAAAAUACAAAACGCGCAUUUUCGUUUUUCGAAAAAACGUACUCAAAAACGAAAAAAGCAUUUUAAAAACGCGCCUCGAAAAAUGCGUUUUCGGCCGCGUCGAGAACCGCAAGAAAUGGCGCGCCCAAACGCUGGCCACCCGCAGCUGAAAAAACGGCACCACCACCCAAGAUUUCGAGUCCUCUUGUAGAUGCCCGAGACCGCGAGGCAGGCCCGAUUCUAGGUAGGUUUCAGGCCUUCGCCGAGUGAAAGACCAGCGGGGGCCACCUGAUUUACGAGCAGGGGCCAUCCGCCACAAGGCCCGACAAGCCACCCGACGCGGACAAGUGGCAGGCCACUUUAAGCGACGCAGGCGGCGGGCCUUGAUCGCGCAGCGACGCGAGCCACACCGCAGGGCCACCGCCCGCCCGCCCCUAUUUCCCUGCCAUCGGGAGGGCGGCGCCGGCUCGCGCGGUUCCUUUUCCGAGAAACACAGGCCGCAAGGCGCCCGGCUUGGCGGAUCCAGUGCGCCAAUACGGGCGCGAUAAUCCUGUGCCAACGUCCCUGUGGGCUGCAAUAAAGUAAAACGCCAAGAGCCACACACCCCAGCAGCAGCUCUGGCACCGCAGCGUCCUGUCGCUGCGGGCCCGGAUGGUGGGCGCCCCGCCCCGCCCCUGCCCCGCGCUCUUUUUCUGCGGCCGCAGCGCCGGGCGGAGCGAAAGAGCACGUGGGCCGGCGCGCUGGUGAUGCGCCCCCCCCCCGGUUGCGCGUUGCAUUGAUGGCCGCGGCCGCGACUCUGCGGCGUUUCCUUGCCCGCCGCCCAAUUUCGUAGCAUACAUUUCACCCGCCGGCCCCGCCAGCCUGGAACCCGCCUAAAAUCGAAGUUGAUGGACCAUGAUCCUCGCCAUGUUGAGACGAGAUAUGACAUCACCGAGAAAUCCUCGCCAUUACACAUCACCGAGCCUUUACAGCAAUUUCAUUACAGGUCCUGCAGUGAUAUCAUGAUCAUGCGACAAAUGGUGAGCGAUAAAAAACAAAUAACACCAAAUAAUACUCCAACAGCAAAUAAAACUUAAAAACAGCUUACGUCCUCUGGGGGGCUCCUCUACCAAUUAUGGUUGGUCCUCGGAAAUGAGCAGUGUGCCGAGUAGUAAGUCCAGCAGCAAGCAGUGUUCGGCGCGGCCUUCUAGUGAGGAAGCUGGCGCGGUGCGGAUUGGAGUUCUUGGAUCCACCUCGGUGGAGCCGGAAGAACGUAACCUCGUUGACUUCUGCACUCCCGCGCAGGUGCACGUCGAGAAGGUAGGGAAUCGUCGAGAAGAUAGACAUCCAGUGCCGGAACUGGCGGAGGACGCAGCUGCGCUUGACCUUUCCCGAGGCCUGCUCCUCCCAUCCGAGAAUUAUGCCGCUGCUACGAGUUUUGCGGCCACAGGGCAGGAUAGUGCAGCUACGGAGCGAGGAGGCUCCUGUAUGGGGGCGUCAAACUUGUAUUUGCCUCAGACCGUAAAAAAAUUUCUGCGCGCAUUUUUUCGCGGCGGGAAGCUAGUAAACCUGUGCCCGCAAGUGAGGGGCUGACUCGAGCGCGGUUUGUUUUAGCUAGCUUGUCAGCAGCAGUGCUCUAGUAGGUAAGUGAGUAUUGACGCGGAGGAGGGCGGGGCACAGAGGGUUCUUUUGUGGCUGGCGUUUUCACUUAGAAAGCGCCGGGCGCGCGCAAUAUUUUGCUCCAUUUUCCGGAUUGCUUUCUCCGUGCAGCCAUUUGCCGCUAUGGCCUGGGUUAGGGUGUGAGGCUGCAGACGCCCCACGAGAUGUCUACACAGGCCUUGGCGUCGUCGUCUCUAGCGGGCACCACACGCAUAUGUUGGCCGCGAAGGCCUUUCCGGAGGCCCCCCAAAGAGGGAGGGCCGGAGGGGUGCCCGGAACCCUAAAAAAAAGGCUAUCGCUUUUUCUUCGAAUCACGAUGGUGCUACCCCUCCCCAAAAGGGGUCCCGGAACCCCUCCGGGAAGCCUUUCCGAAAGGCUCUCGGGCUUUUCGCAUUUUCAAGAACGAGCCGCAAAGGCAAAAGGCGCGCGCGCCUGCCGGAAAAAGCGCGCACGGCUGCGCGACAUUAGAAACAAGCGGAAACGCAGCCGCGGCCGGUUGCGUUUGCGCCCUUGGCCCCGACCGACCUGCACAGAUUGAGGCCCAUUGUCUAGCGGCUGGACUGCAGGAGGACCUGCUGCAGCACCUCCAGGCUGCAGGGGCGCUCCGAGGCAAGUCCGUGGAGCAGCAGCGCCGGAUAGCUCCGACUUUAGCCACCGAGAAGUGCUGCGAAGAAGCUAGCUAGUUCAUUCGGUAUGCAAUGUAGCGAGAGGCUAUAUGCGUGCAACAUGAUGGAUAUCAAAUACAAAAAAAGGCGCGCGGAAAAUUUUUUACAGCUUGAGGCAAAUACAACGUUGACGACCCCAUAUCCUGUGCAGCUACGGAGCGAGGAGGCUCCUCGCCCCCUUCUCGCAGUGGUACAACUACUUCCGCGACGAAAGUUGUAGUAGAUGAGAACAACGGUGUGGUUCCUCUUUUCAACCACGAGAUGGAUGCAGCCUCUACGACGGGUGUGGUCGCGAUGAACGAGAGCAGCAUCGGGCCGCGUCAGCGGAAGCGGCUUGCGCCCUGCAAUUGGGCCUUGGACAGUGACGUGUUGGAGCAUGAGCAAGAAGGGGACCGUCCCUACUUCCGCCGCCCCUCGUCGGACGUUUCGGCCAUGCAGGUUCGGAUCACGGCGUCCAAUCCGCGCACCACUGGUGUGCCCCAAGAGUUUUCAUCGGCAAAAAAGAAGAAAAAGGGUAAGAAGCCCAGGAAUUAUAAACACGGCACUGUCGUUGUUCCCAUGCUGACAUCAACGGCCGCGGCAACGUCGCAGGCACCAGGAGCAAGUGACGCAGCGACGGGAGGUGGAGGCCCUGCAGGUUGUAGCUUUUUGCCGAGCCGUGCAGCCGCGUCUGGUGGACCACUCAACAGCUGCACGACGAGCAGGGCCGUUUCCGCGGCAGGAGGUGGACCCCCCGCAUCAGCGAAUACCACCCAAGCUGCCCUGGCCUUACAGCGACGUAUGGAGGAGGCCCGCGAGUUGAUACAGAAAUCCCGAGAUCCACGAGUUUGGUACGGUCAGUUUCGAAAGUUCCCGGCUCCCCAGUUAUCCUACAGAGAAGCUGUACAACGCCCCUACUAGCACCACAGGAAUUUAUGUUUGUGAUGCCAGGAGAUGAAGAUAUAGAUAAUCGCCAGUGAAGAAAGCAGCUCAGUUGUAACGCGGAGACCAUAAGAAAGCAAGUGUAGAAAGCAAUUUGUAAAUGCACUUUGAGUUGUUCUUUUUUUCCGAUAUGGGAAUGGGUGUGCUUUUUUCUAAGAUACCUCUUUCAUCGUGCGGAGCCUUCGCACACGUCGUCGCAGAGAGUGGUAGUCAACACUUCCGCAGGACCGCAGCAGUCUUCAAGUUUUACGAGCAGGGCCCCGCUCACAACUUGUGCAGCCGCGACACAGUGCGGGAACCCCGUCGCCGGGACUCCUACUCCUUCGAUCGGUACUGCCGCCGGAGACCACCAAACACGGGCGGGGACCACGGUGGGGGCCGGAACGGGCACGGCCAGCACCAACACUCUAGCUUCACUGCUUUCGUCCGUCCCAGAGUCGGCAGCACCGGUGCAAGCCGCCGCCUCCGCCGGACCCCUUGUUUGUGCGCCGGUCGCCGGGGGCAGCUCCUCUCAGCAAAGCACGGCCUUGUCGCAGCAAAGCGCCCCUGCGGCCGGGAGUAAUAGUGUUACAACUAUUGGCAUGAUCCACUGUAACUACACGAGUACCGCUGGAGCCGCGCAAACUGUCCCGGCGCCGCUGUUUGUGAUGGAGCAGCUCAAGAGCCAGUUUGCGUUACCCCGACUGGAGAAAGCGUGGGCGGACCGGGCAGCGCACGUUGAACACUGCAAGCCUUCGUCUUUCAACGACGAAAGCCACCACCUCGGGUGGCUGCAGUUGGCGCGCGCGGACGAGUGGGCCGCAGCGAUGCGACAGGAGCAGGAUUUGUUUUACCUGGGCAGCUCGCCAAACCCGUUCUACUCGUCGUUCCACGAUCCGCCUUAUCAAAUGCAAGAAUGUCUGGGUCUGGAAGGAUGCUAGCGAGGUUUGUCAUGCACACUUUGCAUGACUCCUGAAUUCUGUGACGCACGCGCUAGCAUCACACAUUUUGUGGGGGCUUCCUGAUGCCUACACCGCAUUAGAAAUGCCCUCUCGCCGUGGCAAAAACUGGACCUCUUUUGCUGUUCACGCAAUACAGAUUUUUGUAGAAUCCGAAUUCAGCAUCACAAGUUGCAUCCUUCCAGACCCAGACAUUUUUGCAUUUGAUCCGCCUUCGAGCUCUGUAGGCGGACGGCAUCUGUCCAUCGCCUCCAUGGUAUCCUGUGCAAAAGUAUCGUACUCGUACUAAUCGCAUUCAUGCAUUACAAAUCUUGUUAUCAAGGCAAAUCCGCAUUACAAAUCUCGUUUCUCAUGUUAAGGAAAUUUGUCAUGUCAUUUAUACUAGUGCGAUGCUUUUGCAAUGCAUACAUGGCGCACUCCCCUUAUUUUCUCUGAAGACUUGUUGAAGUGGCCGCGGUCGCGGUUUUGGUAGCGGGGAGAUUAAUAGAAUACGGGACCAAGAAUAAGAAAGUUGUAGAGUUUGGUGCCCACAACGACAACGACAAGCCCUGUACCUAGUUGUUUCGGUCGCAACAGCCUGAUGAUAUUUAGAACUGUUCUUGCAACAGCCGGAUUUAGCUUUCUAACCCCCGGGAAAAAAAGGGAAGGCUUGUGCCGCCAAUGGUCACCUCCGCGUGACGCGCUGCUGCUGCUGCUGCUGUAUAAUUCAUUGUGCUGUUGGGACAACUCUACCUGUUACUGUUUAUCUGUAUGAUGAGCCAUGUAUUCUUGUUGACGCUGCCGCAUCAUCUCGAUGUCGCACAGAAAGUAAUCUAAUGCGUCGCGUUAAUAUGAUCAAUUUAUAUUCAUUGUAUCAUGAAAUUGAAGAUCGAGCACUACACAUCCCAAAGGUAAUAUCAACGAAAAUAAUUUUUAUUCAGCAGUAGGGACUUGGGAAAUUAGGCGGAGCUCUGCCCUUGUCGAUCGAGCCAUAUGCGGAGAGGCCUGCCUCCAGCAAAACACUUCGCUUCGACUCGAGAAACUAAAACAGAGCUAGAAAUGACAGUCAUAUAAUCAACCCUACUUUAUUUUCACAUACUGGUCAUACACAGGAACGAUUGGUCGGUCGGAAUGUGCUAGGUUCCUAGGAUGGACGAGUGUAGUAACGCGCUAAUGGAAUUGAGGCCGUUAGGCAAAAUUACGGCAGUCACGAAGUGCGCCACAUCCUGAU